AUGCUCUCCAGAAUCAUCACCGCGGCCAUUGCUACCCGUGCGGUGCUGGCCUGCGAUAGCUGCUACGGCGAGCCCGAGCACGAUGUCGUCCUCACGCGCCACGUUCGGCGCAUGCAGCCUGAUGCGCAGAACGCAACUUCCGGACCGAAGGCGCCGUUGGAAUGGGGCCAGAUUAACUUCUUGCAUACGACGGAUACGCAUGGCUGGCUCGAAGGUCACAUCAAAGAACAGAACUAUGGUGCGGAUUGGGGCGACUUUGUGAGCUUUACGAAGGGGAUGAAGCAGAAGGCGAAGCAUCUGGGCGUGGACCUUUUGCUUGUUGACACGGGUGAUUUGCACGAUGGCGCUGGGCUGAGCGACGCUACCAAGCCGAAUGGGAACGUGUCGAAUGCCAUCUUUGAGAACAUCGACUAUGAUCUUCUGACCAUCGGAAAUCACGAGCUCUACGUCACGGAGAUUGCCUACGAGACCUUCACCAAUUUCUCAAAGGUUUACGGUGACAAGUAUCUUACGAGCAAUGUGCAGAUCAGCAAUCCUGCGACGGGCCAGUGGGAGUACAUUGGGAAGAAGUACCGGUACUUCACGACGGAGCAGGGACUGAGAAUUAUGGCGUUCGGUGUGCUGUUUGACUUCACGGGGAACUCGAACGUGUCGAAGGUCAUCAAGGCUGCUGAGCUCGUGCAGCAGCAGUGGUUCCUUGAUGCUGUGAAUUACACUGAGCCUAUCGACUUGUUCGUUGUUACAGGUCACAACCCGGUCAGGAGAAACGACACCAGCAGCACCAUUGGGAAGGUGGUCGAUGCUAUUCGCAAGGUGCAUCCAGAUACCCCCAUCCAAGCCUUUGGCGGUCAUUCCCACAUCCGAGACUUUGCAGUCUAUGACACCAAGGCUACCGGACUUGAAUCUGGUCGCUACUGCGAGACGCUGGGCUGGCUUGCAUUGUCCGGUAUCGAGUCUUCCGGCUACGGAACUAUGGCUCCCAGCGGAGUUCCAAACCCCACACGCAAGCCCAUUCCUCCCAAGGCCAACGCCACGAGCAGCGGCGCUUCCAGCUCAAACGGCACUUCUGAUCUCCUCGUGGCCCGGCGAUACCUUGACUGGAACCGCCUUACGUUUGCCUACCAUGCUGAGGGUAGUCAGAAGUAUACCACCUUCGACACUGCUAAAGGCAAGAACACCACCAAUGAAAUCACAUCAUACCGCCAGUCGCUCAACCUUACGAGCUUAUACGGCUGUGCACCGCAGUCCUACUGCCAGACGUGCAAGCCGUUCCUGGCGGAUGGCAACCUGUUCGGACUUCUCCAGACGGCGCUCUCCACCGUUGUGAUCAACGAGACAAGGAAAGACACACCCCGUCUCAUCAUCAUCAACACCGGCAGCGUGCGCUUCGACCUAGCCAAGGGCCCCUUCACCUACGACGAUUCUUUUAUCGUCUCACCCUUCGACGACGCCUUCCAAUUCAUCCCUGACGUUCCCUACAGCCAGGCCUCUAAAGUCCUCGGCAUCCUGAAUGCUGGUGCCUUCCAGAAGAAGCGCGACCUUUCCACCGCAGACUUCAACUUCGCCCCCGUCCUUGCCGACCGCGACAUCUGCAUUGACCCCCCGCUCACCCACGCCUCUGGCAUGGCCAAACGCUCAAACGCCCGCAUCAUCCGCCGCCAGGCAGCCGACCCCUCGCCAGGGUACACCACCAAGGACGACUUCGGCACCGACGGCGACGAUACCAUCCACAAGGCUAUCCCCCGCUACUCGCAGCCCAACGAUCUCCAGGCCAACGCUUCCUUCCCUACCGACGGCUCCCUCCCCGAAACCGUAGAUCUAGUCUUCCUCGACUUCAUCGCGAGCUACAUCGUUAGUGCGCUGAAUGGGGCUGACGUCGGAGGAAAUUACAGCCUGAGCGACGUGAGCUACUACCUGCCCAAAGAGUUUACGACGAAUAGUUAUCUACCCGCUUACGCGAAGGUCGCAUGGCAGGAGAACGUGCCGGAUUGUCCGGUGGGAACGGGGAUUGGGAGCUCUUAG